AACAUUCUCGGUGAAACAAGAAGAACGGAACGACAAACGCCAAAUAAUUAUUCGAAUCCGAAUCUCAUUGGAAACAGAUCGCCAGUCAACGAAAGAUUCACAAGCGGAAAUGACCCAGCCAUGAAGAGAUGCGAACUUUGUGGGGAUCGACAUUUCGCAGAUGAAUGCAUCACGUAUCAUGAGGUGACAAACAGGAAGCAUCGAAUAAAUGAGUUAGGCUUAUGUUCGCGUUGUCUUAGAAGCGGACAUACAGGCAGAGCUUGCUCUUAUCGAAAGCCGUGUUAUUUCUGCAAGGGUGAUCAUCACUCCGCACUUUGUUUACCACGUAACAAUCUAUAUUAUGGUGAAUGGAAGGCAAAUCACAACCCAGUUUAUCAAAAUGAUAGAAAAAGGAAUCCAGCAGUUCCUCCCAAUUCAAUAAAUCACUAUGAUCAGUUCAAACGUCGUCCAGGAGAAGUGUACGAAGCCCGACAAAAUGAAAUCAAAACAGAGAACUUAUCGCUGCAACCACAAAGCUACUACGCAACGCAACAAACAUACCCACCAGAGCAUUUGACCAACGUGCAGCAACCCAACAGCUCAAAUUCAGCAACUGAAGAAUUUUUUCCUCGCCGCUCGGUGCCUCAAGCAAGCCAAGUAAAUCAUGUAAAAGUAGAGGAAAAUGAAGACAACAAUGACACCCACAUUAUCAACUAUUCAACAAUCGACAAUCAAAUCAGUGACCAUACACAAAAAGAAGUAUAUUUGAUGACUUCUAAAGUAAAGGUGCGUAAUCCUGAAGAGAAUGACAGAACGGGUGAAGACACGAUAAUCUUGUUCGACUCAGGGUCUCAAAGAACGUUCAUAACCGACGCAAUGACCCGUCAACUUCAUCUAACUCCGAAAUUAGAACAAGUAUUAUCACUGUGCACGUUUGGAAGGAAAGGCAUCACCCGCGUAGCCUCUAAAUUAGUCGAAAUUGAAAUUGAACUAAUCAAUGGAACCCGGAAAGUAAUCGAAGCUAAUUCAAUUCCAUUACUCACAAGAGAAUUAAAAGCACGAAUCUCCAAAAACGAUCUAGAAAUGACAAAGAAAUCUCCUUAUUAUGAAAGCAUAAUAAAGCCAGACAUAUUAAUUGGUUCUGAUUACAUGUGGGACUUCAUAAAGAUAGGUACAAAAACAGCUGAUGGAUUAUACAAAAUGGGAAUCAUCUGUCUUCAUAAAAUUCUAACUUCGAUUAUUGAUAUAUUUGGCGAUUACAGAAGCUUUGAGCUGAUCUUCCAUAUUGUCUGA